AUGAGCGACGGCCCGGUCACCAAGCCCCAGCGCAACGUUGCCUACUUCUUCGAUGAGGAGCUGUGCAACUACAACUAUGGCGGCGGGAAUCCCAUGAGGCCCCACCGCCACCGCCUCACAACCAACCUGGUGAAGGGCUACCAGCUGGACGAGAAGAUGCGCCUGAUUCGGCCCAGGGCGCGCAGCCGCGAGGAAAUCAUGUACUUCCAUGCCGACGACUAUGUUGACUUUCUCACCAGCGUCACGCCUGAGAACCAGGAGGAGUUUAUGAUGCAGAUGCGGCGCUUCAACCUGGGGCCGGUGGGCGAGGCAGACUGCCCCGUGUUUGAUGGCAUGAUGGAGUACUUUCAGAUCUACACCGCCGGCUCCGUGGGCGGCGCCAGCCUGAUCAAUGAGGGGGAGGCGGAUGUGGUGAUGAACUGGAGCGGCGGCAUGCACCACGCCAAGAAGGGGGAGGCCUCGGGCUUCUGCUACAUCAACGACAUCGUGCUGGCCAUCUUGGAGCUUCUCAAGGUGCACCAGCGCGUGCUGUACGUCGACAUCGACAUCCACCACGGCGACGGCGUGGAGGAGGCCUUCUACACCACCAACCGCGUCAUGACCGUCUCCUUCCACAAGUACGGAGACUUCUUCCCGGGGACGGGAGCGCUGGGCGACACGGGCCACGCCGAGGGCAAGCUGUACAGCGUGAAUGUACCGCUGCAAGAGGGCAUGGACGACGAGAGCUACAAGUAUGUGUAUGAGCCCGUCAUGCAGAAGGUCAUGGAGCUGUACCAGCCGGGCGCCAUUGUCAUGUGCUGCGGCGCCGACUCGCUUUCGGGCGACAAGCUGGGCUGCUUCAACUUGUCCAUACAGGGCCACUCUGCCUGCAUCGAGUUCAUGGCGCGCUUUAACGUGCCUCUGCUGGUGCUGGGCGGCGGCGGCUACACGAUGCGCAACGUGUCGCGGUGCUGGUGCUACGAGACGGGGCGCCUGCUGGGGCUGGACCUUCCCGACGAGAUCCCAGAGGCAGGGUACCGCGACUACGACUACUUCAUGGACACCCACCGCCUGCGCAUCGCGGUGUCCAACAUGAAGAACGCCAACACGCGGGAGAGCCUGGACCGCAUCCGUACCUCGGUACUGGAGAAUCUGUCCACCAUGCCGCCCGCGCCCUCCGCCCAGAUGGCGCCCGUGCCGCCCAAGGUCGAGCAGGUGAGAGGGGUCCUGGCUGCAGAAGAGCGGGCAGGGCUGGGCCCGGGGUGA